CUUCGCCUCUCCCGGUGUUCUUCUCAGCACUCAGCGGACAAAGAAUGAGUCAAACAACAGGCAGGAGGAAAAUGAGGAUUCAUUCUCUCUGAUUGCGAAACUUUUUAUUCAAAAAAUGAACUGGCUGCUAGAUCGAUGGAUUAUUUUGUGCUUAACAGUCUGUGUGUGUGCUGGGGUGCAGGUGACCGUUCGGGAGGAGAGGCGUUUUGCCAUGCUCUUCCAGUCCGUGGUACUCCAGUGCCAAUACCACACACCCUCCACACAGACCCCUGUGGUGCAGUGGUGGUACAAGUCCUACUGCCGUGAUCGCACGCAAGACUCCUUCACCUUCCCCGAGAGCCUGGGGGUCCAGGGGUCCGAGCUGGGCGCCGCGGCCCAACUGGAGUGCUCGGACAGCAGCCGCACCGUCCGCAUCGUAGCCUCCGGCCAGGGUGCCUCCAUGACGCUGGCUGAGCACUACAAGGGCCGAGACAUCGCCAUCGUCAACAAGGCGGACCUGCGGAUCGGGGACCUGCAGUGGGGUGACAGCGGAGUGUACUUCUGUAAGAUCGUCAUCGCUGACGACCUGGAGGGGAAGAACGAGGGCCAGGUGGAGUUACUGGUGCUGGGUAGGACAGGUAUGCUGAACGAUCUCCUGCCUGAGUUUGAUGUGGAGAUUAUGCCAGAGUGGGUGUUUGUGGGAUCUGUAGUCUCAUUGAUCUGUGUCUGUGUUCCAGAGUUGGUGUUUGUGGGAUCUGUAGUCUCAUUGAUCUGUGUCUGUGUUCCAGAGUGGGUGUUUGUGGGAUCUGUAGUCUCAUUGAUCUGUGUUUGUGUUCCAGAGUGGGUGUUUGUGGGAUCUGUAGGCUCAUUGAUCUGUGUCUGUGUUCCAGAGUGGGUGUUUGUGGGAUCUGUAGUCCUGGGCAGUAUCCUGUUCCUGUUGUUGAUGGGGAUCUGCUGGUGUCAGUGCUGCCCUCACUCUUGCUGCUGCUACCUCCGUUGCUGCUGCUGCCCCGACACCUGCUGCUGCCCACGCCACCUCUAUGAGGCAGGGAAGAUGGUGAAGAGGGGCCAGCCUCCCCAGGUUGUUGUGUACCCCCCUUACUGCAUCCCUGGGGUCCCCACCAUGGUCCCCUUCGCCCCGCCGUCCCUCGCGGAACCUAAGAUGGUCUCCCUUCCCUCAGUGGAGAACAACCUGGCUGGGGCAGCCAGUAGCCUAUCAGAGCUCAGCUCUCUGCAUGAGGGAUGGGACGCGGAUUUCCGGCAGACCUAUCGGACAGUCCAGAUGAAAGCUCUCCCACCCAUCGCUGACCUCGAUGACCAAUCAGAGCUCAUGGCAGCUCCUGUGCACAACAGUCGGCGACCCAGGCAUUACCGUGGCAACCACACUGAUGACGAGCAAGACAGCAGGUGGAACCCUCGCUCUGUGCACCUGGAGAGGAGGACAUUGGGCUCCAGGGGGCGUACUGGCUCUCUGGAUGAGCUGGAGGAAUUUGCUAUGUCCUAUGGACCCCGUGCCCGGAGGGGCGACCCCCGUGACCAGGACAGGGACUACGACCUGGAAAUACGGGGGCGAGAGCACUACCCCCCGUACCGGGACCACAGCCCCUCACGCCGUUUCCAUGGAGACAGGGAUGAUGACUGGCACCCCCGCCGCAGCCCGCCUCCGCAGAAGAAGAGGGACAUGUGGGACGAUCUCCCCUCUCGCCCCCACCAGCACACCCAGGGGCGGAGGGGUUACGAUGACGCAUUCCUCAACAACUUAUUGGAGCGCAAGGCGAGGGGGAGAGCAGGAGAGAAGGGGGAGAGAGGAAAGGGACGGAUUGACGAGGACAGUGACACUCCCUCCAAGGGCAGUUCAAAGGGCAAGGGCAGCGACGGUUUCUACAGCCGGUCACCUACCAAUAGGCCCGAGGAGGAUGACCCUUUGCCUCCAUACUCGGAGCUAGAGAUGGAAAGGUACCGGAUGGUCAACCCAACCACUGAACGUUACCGUAUGGUCGAAUCGCCCUCAGAACGAUACAGCACCACUGACCAGGCCAUGCAAUCGUUCUCCUAUACCCGUCCCCCUAAAGGACUGGCCCACACCAUACAGGGGGGCAGAGAGGACAGGGACAACAACCGAAAUAUGACCCCUGCUCUGAGCAGAGAUUCUCUCAUAGUGUGACACAUCAGAGAGAACUCAAGCCUGUGCAUGCACAGCACUGCCAGCAUUGAGAAUCACACAUCACUCGCUUAAAACAUCAUGCAUCAGCCUGGGAGUGACUAACUGAUCAUCCUCAUCAUCAACAACCUGAAGAGGCUUAUCCAAUAGAAGGUUUCCAUCCACAGAAGGGAGGCACCUUGCAUGGAUCACGAGAAGACAAUGGAACGCGAAUUGUUUAUGCAUUGAUUUAAGGAACAUUUGGACACCAUUUUCUUUGUAUGUGUGUUGAGCGUAGAUGCAUUACAUACACACCGUUUGAAUGGGUAUGUAUGGCUGCAACGUGGGUGUGAAGCAUUUGUGUGGAUGUGUACUGUUCUGUAUGUCCAUAUUUAGGUUUGAAUCUGUGAAACUCAAACCAAGCAUUCCACAGAGCAGUCCCUCUCUCUCACCUACGAAGCACGGUGAAAGUUAGUUCCCGUGAAGUUAUGCUGACAGCAAUGAUACGAUUAGGGCUAUUGGUAGGUAUUGAUCGAUAGGUAUUGAUUAGGUGUGGAGGCAGAGCUAAGAUAAGGGGUUUAAAAAAAAAGGAAAGUGGUCAUCAAAGAAACUUCAUAUGAUCAAUUCAUGUGUGUUAAGUUCAGGAUUAUUUUGAUCAAUUCUAAACAACUAUAUAUGUCAACUUACCAUUAUAAUUGUAAAUCCAAUGCUCCUCCACGUGUCAUACAUUUCAUCAGACUAUAAGAAACAUAAUAGGUGUCAAUUGUGCCAUAAAAAAGACAACUCAGGUUCACCUGCCUUCAUUGUGUGUGUGUGUGUGUGUGGUGUGUGUGUGUGUGUCAUGUACUGUACCUACUGUAAAUGUACUGUACCUACUGAGCUUGAAUUUAUAUUACAGUAAUAGUAUUCUUUAUUAGCCCACAGUAUUAAUUGGACAUGCCCUUAUUGGCCACAGGUAACUGUGUUUUGAAACUGUGCCAUUCAGCCAUAGCAGAUGUUUGUAUUUCACUUGUUUGACAUUGAUUUUGAUAUAAACACACUAUCUUAGAUUGUG